AUGAAAAUAUAUGACCAAUUUAUCUUGGCUUCCAUUUCCAUUGAAACAACUAUAACAUGCAGGAAACUUUCUUCGUGGCUAUUUAUUGAGCAGGAGAAGUGGCAGCUGUUGAAGAUUAAAGAUCCGGAAUGCAGCAGCGCAUCAGCUUCAAAAUUAGAUGGAGUACCAAUGGACCCUGCCGUACUGGAUGAUAUAACCACACGGCUCUUGGAGAUAUCCGAUCAGUAA